AUGUAUGAUCACCUUGUGAUUGAUCGGGAGAUUAUGAUAUGUGAGCUCUUUAAAGCUAUAAAGUGUAGUAAAAUAGAAAUGGAUUUGCUGAAUGAUGCUAUGGUGCUUCUUGACGAUCUCAAGGAAGCAUCUUACAAUAAAAUAGAUCAUGCACACGUGUUUAAUGUAAUGUUUUGUUUUUCUGCUCUACAUUUACGUCAUAGUAGUUACAAGAGCUGCUCAACUAUUUCAAAAUGUCGAAUUGUAACCCGUCAUGAACUUUUCCAAAUUAAAGAAUUUGUUUCAACACUUGUAAAAAUUAGUUAUAUUUGUGAUAAGUGA